AUGCAAAAAGAUUUUACGAGAUCCACUAAGCAUUCGGCUAACCGGUUUACUUUUGGUGGCAAGGCUGGAACGGCGACUGUGAUCGGCUCUCAAAAUUUUCAAGAAAGACUCGAGUCUUUCCCAAGAAUGGACGUCGACUCGAAGAUUCGAGCGUUUCGCUUAAUCGGAUGGUUAUCCGUUGGAUUGUCGACGCUGGCGAUUCUCAGCUUAUGUAUCGCUCUUCCCAUGGUCUAUCACUAUGUGCAUUCAGCAAAGCACUCAAUGCAACGAGAUCUCGUUAGAUGUCGAGAACAUGCCACUACAAUCUAUAAAGAAGCCGCCAACUUGGUUAUCGUCGCUCCACGCAAUCGAACAACCCGUCAAGCUAGCAAUCAAAACACUUGUGAUGGUUGUUGCAUGCCUGGGCCACAAGGACCCCAAGGACCACCCGGGAAAUCGGGAAAACCUGGAAAAUCCGGUGCUGCUGGUCACCCUGGAAACCCUGGUCGACCACCAUCAGAGCCUUGCGAACCACUCACUGAGCCACCAUGCCAUUGCACUGACAAUCAGGGCCCACCUGGCCCACCUGGACCACCCGGAUCACUUGGGAAUCGAGGACCGCCUGGAGGACCUGGAAGAAAGGGAUCUGAUGGUACUCCUGGCGAGGAUGGAAAGAAAGGAAAACCGGGACGAGCUGGACCGUGUGGAAGACCUGGACCUCUUGGAACACCGGGAGACAAUGCUCCAAGUAGCAGACCGACGCCUGGACCACCAGGAGAGCCAGGGCCUGAUGGAGGAGCUGGACCUGAAGGACCUUCUGGGCCACCUGGAAAAGCUGGAGGACCCGGUAGUCGAGGCCCACCUGGAGCUCCAGGAAACGCGGGAGAACCAGGAAACGACGGUAAUGCGGGCAAACCUGGCUCUGAUGGAAAGCCUGGUCAUCAAGGAGAGAAAGGAGUUUGUCCAAAAUAUUGUGCUUUGGAUGGAGGAGUGUUCUUCGAGGAUGGAAGCAGACGA